AUGUCUGUCACAAUGGCUCUACAAUCCCUUAUAAAAAGUCCAACUCUAGACGACGAGCAAGAAUAUCUCGAAGAAUGGACGAACAGCUCUCGACUUCUCUUCUACUCUGUCAUUUCCAUUUCUCUACUAACUCUCCCAAUUCUUCUCUUGACCUUCUGCUACAUUCUGUGCAGAAGCAAACGAAAUGCGCACUUUUUGCCGUACUUGUGCUCAAUAUUGGCCGCUAAUUUCGUUCUGCUGUCUACAAUUUUUCUGAGUGUGCUUGCAAAGAAUACGGAUUUGGUCUAUGACACCAUUCCCGGCUUCCUUGUCUGCAAAAUCUCGACAUUUCUCGUCAACUCCUCCUCCUGCUUCAUCUACUGGACAUGGGUCGCCAUGUUUGCAGAAAGGUGCUGUAACAUAUUCUUCCCACUUCGGUUUCGAACUUCGAGCUCAUUCAAAACCGCCGGAGUUUUGUGCUCAAUUUUGAUAUUUUCAAUGAGUAUUCAGUUGUGGACUCCUAUUUUUAUAACGGAAAAGCGACUUGAUAAUCAUAUGGAUUAUAUUUAUUGUGGGGAAGAUCCAAGAUAUUCAAGCCAAACCCGAAUAAUAAUUGUGCUGGAAUGCCUAACUACCUUCUUCCUACCUCUAAUCCUUACGAUUUUCGCCGAUAUUUCGGUUUUAACAUGGAAAAGUUCGUUUGGAAUUGACAUUGAUUUGGUGUCCCGUGAAAAGAUUAGCGGAAAAAAUAGUGAGACAAUGAAAAUUGUGUCAACUAAUAGUUUGAAGAAUUCAAAAAAGCGCCGGUCAAAUGCAAUCCGUCAGUGCUUGAUUUCAUCGACAAUCACGCUUUUUCUAAAUCUUCCGAAUUAUAGCUUACAGCUCCUCGACGAGUUUUUAAACUUUCGCGACAGCAAUUCCAUUCAAGCGCGAAGAAUAUUUUUAAGGAUAGACGCAUUUGUUUACGUGCUGUAUUUGAUGCAAUUUCCCAUAACUCCACUUCGAAUGUUCACUUUGUCGAAAUCUCAUACCAGACGGGGAUCUCGUCAUCGAAGGAAUACGCUUAUUGCUUAA